GGGGUCAGUGGUACAGAAGCAACAGUAAAGGACAGAAUCUUCAUCAACACACCUGUCCUCUGGUCACCUCUGCAGCUCGGAGCAGACAAAAUGACAAACGAUUAUUCUGGGUUCCCCUUAGUUAGGAAUGUGUUUAACAAUGGCACGGUAGCCCUCAACAACCCGGCGGAUAUCUCCGUCAUUGUGAUCUACUUUUUGGUUGUCUUGGCAGUCGGAGUAUGGGCUAUGGUGAGCACAAACCGAGCCACAGUAGGGGGAUUCUUCCUGGCAGGAAGAAGCAUGGUGUGGUGGCCUAUUGGGGCAUCUCUCUUUGCCAGCAACAUUGGCAGUGGGCAUUUUGUUGGCAUUGCAGGGACUGCGGCUGCAGCUGGAAUUGCCAUUGGUGGAUUUGAAUGGAAUGCCCUUGUGGUGGUGAUCCUUCUUGGAUGGCUCUUUGUGCCCAUUUACAUCAAAGCUGGGGUCGUGACCAUGCCAGAGUACUUGAAGAAGAGGUUCGGAGGGCAGCGCAUCCGCAUCUAUCUCUCAGUGCUCUCACUCUUCCUCUAUGUCUUCACUAAGAUCUCAGCGGAUAUGUUCUCUGGAGCCAUCUUUAUUAACCAGGCUCUGGGGCUGAAUAUCUACCUAGCUGUGGUUCUCCUACUAAGUAUCACUGCUCUAUACACAGUCACAGGUGGACUGGCUGCAGUGAUCUACACAGACACUUUGCAGACCAUCAUCAUGGUCGUGGGAUCUUUCAUCCUCAUGGGUUAUGCCUUCAAUCAGGUGGGAGGUUAUGAGAACUUCCAGGAGCGCUACAUGAUGGCCAUGCCUACUCAGACUGGGGUCAACAUCAGUAAGAGAUGCUACACCCCUAGGCCUGACUCCUUCCACAUCUUCAGGGACGCGGUGACAGGGGACCUGCCUUGGCCAGGCCUGGUGUUUGGUCUCACUGUCCAGGCCACCUGGUAUUGGUGCACUGAUCAGGUGAUUGUCCAGCGCUGUCUAUCUGCCAAAAGUCUGUCUCAUGUCAAGGCUGGCUGCAUCCUGUGUGGCUACCUGAAGCUGUUGCCCAUGUUCGUCAUGGUCUUCCCUGGCAUGAUCAGCCGAAUCCUCUACCCAGACGAGGUGGCGUGUGUGGACCCAGAUGAGUGCCAGACGUACUGUGGUGCCAGCGUGGGCUGCACCAACAUCGCCUAUCCCAAACUAGUGGUAGACCUCAUGCCAAAUGGUCUGCGAGGCCUGAUGCUGUCGGUGAUGAUGGCGUCUCUGAUGAGCUCCCUGACCUCCAUCUUCAACAGUGCCAGCACCCUGUUCACCAUGGACAUCUACACCAAGAUACGCAGCUCUGCCUCCGAGAAGGAACUCAUGAUCGCUGGGAGGGUAUUUAUCCUGGUUCUGAUCGGGGUGAGUAUAGCGUGGAUCCCUGUGGUCCAGUCUGCUCAGAGCGGCCAGCUCUUUGACUACAUCCAGUCCAUCACCAGCUACCUGACCCCGCCCAUCGCAGCCACCUUCAUGCUCGCCAUCUUCUGUAAGCGUGUUAACGAGCCGGGUGUGUUCUAUGGGCUUAUGAUAGGCCUGGCCAUUGGCCUAUCCAGGAUGAUCGCUGAGUUUGCCUAUGGGACGGGCAGCUGUGUGGCCCCUACUAACUGUCCUGAGAUCAUCUGUGGAGUCCACUACCUCUACUUCUCCAUCAUUCUGUUCUGCAUUUCGUGCUUGGUGAUACUCACCAUCUCCCUCAUGACCAAACCCAUUGAAGACAAACAUUUGUACCGGUUGUGCUGGAAGCUGAGGAACCACACAGAGGAGAGGUUGGAUCUGGAGAUAGAUGAUUGGACAGAAAACCAAGAAUCAGACUAUAUGGAUAUUGAAGAUCCCACAGAGGAGCCAGGCUGUUGUAAGAAGGCAGUAUUGAACUUCUGUGGUUUGGAAAAGUCGGAUGCUCCCGCGCUGAGUGCUGAGGAGCAGGCUGAGCUGCAGAGGAAACUCACAGACACAUCAGAGAAACCCCUGUGGAGGAAUGUGGUCAAUGCCAAUGGCAUUAUCCUCCUGUGUGUCUGUGUCUUCUUCCACGGUUUCUACGGUUAAACAUCUCCUCAUCCUGGACCUCCACUGCCCUAGAGUCUGGACUGUCUAACCAUAAACUUGAGUAGUCUCGUCUUUCAACCCUGAAAUCCCCACCAGACUCACAGGCCCACGAUGCACUGUACAUAGCAACCUCUCUUACACGCCCUCCCUCUAUCCAUCAUCUGGGGGCCUGAAGUGGUUUAUCCACACCCCUGUAACGUGGUCAAUGCUACGACCGCCUUGGCUUCAAGACACCCUGCUCCAUACCUGUAUGACUGUCCUUGACACUAUCUGGGAGUCACAAAACUCCUUUGUUAGGUGUUCUUUGCUUUGUGGACUUUUACAUUUUGUGUAUGUACGAUGAAUGUGUAAUGAAGAUAGUAAUGAGGAUGAUGAUGGAGGAUCUGAAUAGGACUUAGUGUCCAAUGGUAUCCAAUGUUUCUUUCUGCCCUUCAUGAAGUUACUAUAGUUUGGUAUAUUGCAACCACUAGGUGGAGCUGCAGUAUGAAUAAACUUAAGAUUGAACAGUAUCAUUACCAAGGUAACACUGUACGGCCAGUGGAUAUAAUGCAUGACAUGUACUAACUUUGUAAUCUAAUUAAUAAUGUAUUCCAUCUUAGUUAGAAAAAAGUUGAACACUAACAUAUUUUUCAGAGAGGAAGGGACGCACAAACUCACACAUUCGAUCUCCUACCUUGAAUCAAGCCUGGUUUUUGUGACGUUCUAUCAAAGACAACAUUUUUUUGCCAUAUUUAAUAUUUUCUCUAGCUGUCAUUUUGUUUUGCUACGUGCUAAUGAAUGAUAUCUCAAGGAUGGAA